AUGAGUAGCAUUCCAACUCUUAAGAAAUUACUGCGUUUCCCAGUUAAAGAAAUUAUUCAAUAUAAUAUUUCAGUCAUCCCUUCUGCAUUAGCAACGAUAUUUAUUAUAGCUUUGUUUCUUUUUAUCUAUGUCUCCUUGGGAAUGGAUCUAUUAGGUUAUUUGAAACCAUAGAAUUACCUUGAAGGGUUUGAUCUCCAUUUUCAAAAAUUUACAACUGCUAUAGCAGCGAGUUCGGAAUAAUGGUGGGCUUUGUCAGUUCACACUAGCACACGAGGUUUCGUUGGCAUUUACAUUAAAGUUAUUAAGAUUUAAUAACAUGAGUUAAUGGAUAUGGAACAAAUAAAACUAAUUUUCCUUAGGGCUUUGGAAAUUUCACUGUAUGAAGUUGAAUAAGGUCUGAUGGGUCAUCUCUUUCAUGAUGUCCUUGUUAGUUUAAUUAAAUUAUAUGUCGAAUUAAAUUAUGGUUUCAGCAAUCAAAUAGGAACUUUAGAAUUAAAAUGA